AUGGAUGCCAACAUAUGUAGGAACUUCAUUUUAGUAAGGGAGAAAUUCCCCGAUCAAUUGGACAGUAAUAAAAAAUAUACAUUUAAAGAUAAAGAACAUUUCAAAGAUUAUUGUACUAAUGGUUGUGAUAAUGAUUUCGAAAAAAUUAAUGCUGGGUGCUUAUAUUUUUUUGAUACAUUCUUUAAGGAUUCUUCUUUGUUUGAGCAUGUUGCAAAAAAUAACAUCAAUAUUGUUGAUUACAUUAUGAUAUGGUUAAGUUAUAUGUUAAGCUUAAUGGAAAAUGAAUUAAAAGAAAGUCUAGAAUUUUUUUAUAAAACAUAUAUAAUUGGUGGUGAUAAGUAUAGAAAUACUAUAGCUGGUAUUAGUGAAUAUAGCAGUUAUAUGGAACUUAUAAGUAAAAAACACGAUUUUACGAAUGUGGAUAUGAAUAAAAAUAUUAUAUCUGGGAUAUAUGAUGCAUUUAAAUUAUUAUGUGAAAUUUAUACUGAAUUUAAUGAAAACACGUCAAAUUGUACAAAAUGUUCGGGAAAAGCUGAUCAAUUUGUUAAAAAAUAUGAAGAACUUAUCAAAGAUCCUACUAUUAAUAAAAAUAGUUCAUACAGUAAAGCAUUGUGUACUUUAUUAGCUGAUUAUUAUAAUUUAAAAAAUAAAUGUAACGGUACUUCAUCCCUUCCAACGAUAGAUAAAACAAAAAUUAAUGUACAAUGUUCUGAACAAAUUUCUGAAGUUGCAUCAUCAAGUUCGUCUAUAACAAAGAAAUUAUUUAUAGUUUUAUCAAUAUUUGGUGUAAUAGCAUUUUUUUUAGGAAUUUCUUAUAAGUAUUCAUUAUUUGGAUUUCGGAAACGAUUUAAAAAACAGCAAAUAAGAGAAAAAAUAAAAAAUAUAAAGAAGAAAAUGGCUCAUUAA